AUGGUACCCACUCCAAAGGCAUCGAAACUGCUUCAGCUGCCCGCCGAGCUCCGUUUGCUCAUACUGGAGCAUGUUUUCGCUCACGAACGCAGCCCAAUAGCCAUUGGCCUGCCGUCCGCCCCGUGGCAAGGGAAACCUCAGAGAUACCACCCGCCAAUAUCCGAAGUCUGCAGCACGCUCCGAAAGGAGUCCUUACCAUUGUUCUAUGAAGAUUGUGUGGUCAUCCUACUGCUCCGAUUCCGCGAGGGACGCGGUCAAGUACGGCACUGGAUCCGGCAUGUGUACUCCAACCCGGCCAUGUGUACGAGAGUACGAAAGGUCCGAUUGCAGUACUUCGAGGAAUGUCACAGAUCUACUGCAGUCGACCUCGACAUGCAAGAACUCGUCAUGCGCAACAAGAACAGCUGGUUGCAUCCAUUGACAGGUCGCCCGCUCAGACUGCUCGGACAAAUAGAAAGUGCACUGUCAGAGGAGCGAACCUUGCCGCAGGCAUCUCACACAGACAAAGCAACCCUGUUGCAACACCUGAUAAGUAUCAUGACAGCACCUCUCAAGAUGUCACGCUUGAUGCGACAAGAAAGCAUGGCGAAUCUACGGCUUCACGGAUACACGGAUUUUGACCUCCGUUUUGAGUAUCCACUGGGAGCUGGAGGUUCCUACAACCUCUCCGUCCUGGCGCCCAAGAUAUUCGGCGGCGAUGCGGCGAAGCAAUGCACUCAAUCUUCGCUUCUUCGAGUAUCACGACAACUCCGGCGCGAGACGCUAGCCAUGUUCUAUCGCCUCAACACAUUCAUCCUGGCUGUCCAUUAUCGUCGAGCUCGAGCUGAAGUCGAUAGGUGGAUCGACGUCAUCUCAUCGCAACCCGAUAUCAGCAUGAAUCUGAGGACCGUUACAAUCAAGCACCGGUUCGGGAUCUUGGACUUUCGAGGCACGAUUGACUUCGACCUCCACAAGUUCGUGAUCAUUGGACCCAAGCUCUGGUACAACGCCAUACCGCCGUUGAUCAGGAAGGAGGUCGAAAGCAUCAUCGACGAGGCCCACGCGACGGAACGAACACACGAUGUGAUUGCGAGCACUUUGAGACGUCUGGUUGAUGUGCUGGGCGUAGAGCCGCCAACAACAUCCCCUUGA